CUUUGUUUGACGCUAGUCACGUGCCAACGCAAUCGCGCGCUACUGAGAAAUCGGAAGAGAGAGACCAAGUUCCACGCAUCACAUACUGUGGCUUUUGGAAACCCUAACUCCCACUCUCCCAUUCUCACUAGCUCUUCAAGCCAAGAUACUCUCUCCAUGUCAUUAUCCUAGGUAACACAAGGAUAGGAAGGUUUUCCAAGUCCAAUUACAUAAUAAAGCAGAAUACAUACCUUCCACCUAGUGAGAAAGUGAAAAGGGAAAAUGAGCAGCGCUGCCAAAAACAAUGGCACCAAUGUAGGAGCAGGAGGAGGUUUCAAGUCCAAAAUGGAUCACUUCCUCUACAGUGGGGACAAGAAGCACGUCGCGGCUGGCAUUGCUGUCUUUACUGUCAUCUUUGGCAUCCCUUGGUACUUCAUGAACCGAGGGUCAAAACAUCAGUCCCAUCAAGAUUACUUGGAAAAGGCCGAUAAAGCACGGAGUGAAAGACUUUCUUCAGGUUCAUCUUCUGCCAAAUGAUUUUUGAGAGCUUUCUGUUGAACUGGGGUGGCUUCCACCUUGCAUUUUGACAGAUUUUGAUGAUAAAUAUAUUUGGGGUUGUGUUUCUCUUUCAGCCUUAUGUGCAGAAUGGCUUCUGUUAGUCCUUGUAGAACUCCCAAUUUGGGAUGAAUUUUGUUUCUUAUCAAUCCCCCCUCCCCCACAAAAAAAUAA